UGAACAACUAGCACCAAUAUUCACAAUGAGGUCAAACAUGUUAAGUCCUGGGAAGAUUUGUUAAGAUUCUCUACAGUCCAUCACCAUCCUGCUUGAGGGAUAUUUGCUUUCCAUGAUGUGAAUAAGUAUCGAUGUUUUCCCCAGUGGAUGGUCAAGCCAUGAAAAUGCAUAGAUCUUCUCAGGUUGCUUUCUGAUACUGGACUAAACUGUGCCAGAUCUGCACUUGGAAAAACAUUUGCCAACAGUAAAGGAAUUUCAACCAAACUUGUCUUGGGCUCACCAUGAAAGUUCCACCCAUUCUUCCUUUGUGUCUGGUGCUGCUCUGCCUCGGGAUUUUUUGCUUUGCAUCAACUCUCCAGAGCACUAUUAAGUUGACAAGAAAUCAAAACAAGCAAUUAGAAGGAGAGAAAGAAGUACAUCAUCGACCUAAGCGUGGUUGGGUCUGGAACCAAUUCUUUGUUUUAGAAGAACAUAUAGGACCAGAAGCUCAGUACGUGGGCAAGCUUCACUCAAAUGCAGACAAAGGUGAUGGAUCGGUCAAAUACAUCCUUUCAGGGGAAGGUGCCGGCUCUAUAUUUGUUAUUGAUGACAGCACAGGGGAUAUUCAUGCAACCAAAAGUCUGGACCGUGAACAGAAGGUACAUUAUAUUCUGCACGCUCAAGCUCUGGACAGGAAAACAAACAAGCCUCUCGAGCCCGAGAGCGAGUUUAUCAUCAAGGUGCAGGAUAUAAAUGAUAAUGCACCAGCUUUCUUGGAGGGUCCUUACUCCGCCUCUGUCCCAGAAAUGUCUGAAGUUGGUACUUCAGUACUUCAGAUAACAGCUACAGACGCUGAUGAUCCUACAUAUGGGAACAGUGCGAGGGUGGUGUACAGUAUUCUGCAGGGACAACCAUACUUCUCUGUGGAUCCCAAAACAGGAAUCAUCAGAACAGCCUUACCCAAUAUGGACAGGGAAGCAAGAGAACAGUAUUCUGUCGUCAUUCAAGCCAAAGACAUGGCCGGACAGAUAGGAGGACUGUCGGGUUCCACAACUAUUAAUAUCACGUUAACUGAUGCCAAUGACAAUCCUCCCAAGUUCCCGCAAAAACACUACCAGCUCUAUGUCCCUGAAUCAGCUACAGUAGGCACAGCUGUAGGUAAGAUUAAAGCAAUUGAUCCUGACAUUGGUGUGAAUGCAGACAUGAGCUACAGCCUCAUUGAUGGAGAUGGAUUAGGCAUUUUUACCAUCACUACUGACAAAGACACCAGAGAAGGAGUUAUUAUUCUAAAGAAGCCACUGAACUAUGAAAAGAAAAAAGUGUACACUGUGAUGAUUGAAGGUGAAAACACUCAUAUUGAUCCCCGCUUUUGGAACAUGGGUCCUUUCAAGGACACUGCCACUCUCAAAAUCAUUGUUGGAGAUGUGGAUGAGCCCCCAGAGUUUUCACUCCCUUUUUAUGUGAUGGAGGUUUCUGAAAGUGCCAAACCAGGAACAAUGGUUGGAACAGUAACUGCACAAGACCCUGACAGUGCCAAAAGCCACAUCCGAUACUUCAUUGAAGACGAUGAAGAAGUAGAGAGAUAUUUCAGCAUAGACGCUAACAGUGGAGUUAUAAAGACCACAAGGGAACUUGAUAGGGAAGAUGUACCUUGGCACAACAUUACAAUCUUUGCAUCAGAACUUGCCAAUCCAUCCCAGAUUAGGCAAGUUCCUGUUGCCAUUCAGGUUCUUGACUUUAAUGAUCAUGCACCAGAGAUUGUGAAGGAUUACGACACAAUCCUUUGUGAAAAUGCCAAACCUGGUCAGGUUAUUCAUACAGUAAGUGCUACAGACAAGGAUGACUUUGCAAAUGGACCACGGUUUCAUUUCGCCCUUGUGGAUACUUUCCCGCCAAACCCAAAUUUUACUCUACGGGAUAAUGAAGACAGUACAGCUAGCAUUAUGAUACGGCGCAGAAAAUUCAGUCGGAAGCUUCAGGAGGUCUACCAGCUGCCAAUAGUGGUUUCCGACAGUGGGAGUCCCAUUCUGAGCAGCACCAGCACUCUAACGAUCAGGGUGUGUGCUUGUGAGAGGAAUGGCAAAGUUCGAACUUGCAGCACCGAAGCAUAUCUCUCUGCAGCCGGCUUGAGUACUGGGGCAUUGAUAGCCAUCCUGCUCUGCAUUGUGAUCCUGUUGGCUAUCAUUGUUCUGUUCAUCACUCUGAAGCGGGGCAAGAAAGAGCCACUCAUUCUUUCAGAAGAAGAUAUUCGAGAGAACGUGGUGACAUAUGAUGAUGAGGGAGGAGGAGAAGAGGAUACAGAGGCUUUCGAUAUUACGGCACUGAGAAACCCUGCAGCAGCUGAAGAAGUGAGAUAUCGGCGGGAUGUCAAGCCUGAUGUGCAACCCUUACCCAGACAAAGACCCCCCUCAGCCCUCAACAGCCCUGACAUUCAUGAGUUUAUUAAGCAAAAACUGCAGGAAGCAGACCUAGAUCAGAGUGUUCCUCCAUAUGACUCUCUCCAGACAUAUGCAUAUGAAGGCCAUGGAUCCACGGCAGGAUCAAUCAGUUCACUGGAUUCAGUCACUGCACAUUCGGAACAGGAUUAUAAUUACCUUGGAGACUGGGGACUUCAGUUCAAAAAACUCUCCGAACUGUACGGAGUAGAGAAAUCAGAAAGAACCACUUAGUUUCAUUACCAUAGUAAAACACUGUAUGUAAAACAAAAAAAAAUCAGAUUUUCAUUUAUUAAGCUGCAAUUGUUACACAAUUUUACUGUAGCAACAAGUGCCCUUUUAAUAUUUUGAAACAUGGGUUCAACAAACAAGCAGAAGGAACACAUUUUGAAAAUAUAAAGAAUAAACGAAAAUAUUUUCCCUGGUGUAUAUUUUUUAUUGUUUAAUAAAGUUCAUUGUUCCAUAAUAAAGUCACUGUGCUAUAGUUUAAGAUUAGGCAGUUUGGUUCAAUAUAGUUUGGCAGAUAAAGCUCUGGAGUUAAACUUAUGAUGUUUUGGACCAUCACCAUCAUGAACAGCAUUGAUCUUUCAUUCAUUUAGGUAGAGUGGGUGAAUAAGUUACAACUGGUGCAAAAGAUAGACAGGUAAACCUUAUGAUGAUUUUGACGUAAUUCGCAGGAUGUCCCAUUGAAGUAGGCUCAUUAUUGCAGAUUAGGAAAUGUUCCAACAGAAUGUGAUAACGUCAAACUGCUUUUAAAUAAUGUAGAACAAUGGAUAUAGGCAGGGUUGAGGAGGAUAUGCUUGUUUAAAAUAAUUUCCUGGGACCUUUUACAACAGAGAGAGCAAACUGGACAUUGCUUUACCAUCCCAUCCAAAAGAACGCACCUUCAACAGAACAGAGCUUCCUCCUACUCCUCUGGAUAACAGUGCACUAUUGGUACUUUGUUUAUAAUGAGUGAUCUAUAACAUUGGAUGAUUAGAUUGAGUGGUAAGAUUACUUGCAUUGAUUUGAGUGUAAAACCUUCAGUUGUUCAAUGCAAUUACAAUAUAAUUGUUUCUUUUCUUCCUAUUGAAAAACAUUUUUGUUGGAUUUAAAAAUAGUGUACUUUCUGUAAGGCAAUUUAAAAUUAGUAUGAUGUUAAAAUGAACAUCUUAAUCAUAAAUAUUUAGCAAGCCAAUGUUGAGAUUAUAGUGGCAAAAUAGGAAACUGAUUGGACAAUCAUCCAGAGGCCUAAACUACUGGUCGAGAAAUGAUAGCUUAAAUACUACAUUAUCAGCUAAGAAAUUUAAAUUUGAUUAACUAGAUAAAACUAUAAUGAAACAUCUGGAUCAUUAUUAAAAAAUAAUAUCUGCUACUUAAAUAAUUCAAGAAAGGAAGUCUGCUGCCCUUAUAUAGUCUGGGCUACCUGUGAUGGCCCAUUCAUCACUGCGGAAUCUGAGAUGCCCAAUCAGGAACAAAUUAAAAAACUGGCCCCACCAGUGAUACCCAUGUCUGAGAAUGAAUGAUAAAACAAAAGUCUAACUUAGAAUCAGAAAAUGAAUUAUAAUUGUUUUCUUGGUGUAUACUGCUCAAUUUCUACAUAUUUUUUAAAUUACAUAUUUUUUGAUAUGAAUCUUUUAAAACAACUCUGAUAGUGCUUGUGGGUCUAAGGAAAUGAGUACCAUUAAAAAAAAAGCAUUCCUUACCCAGUACAAUUUCACAAUGGUCCUGUGAAAACCAAAGUGAAUUUUAAGAGCUUGGGGGCCCUGGUGAAGGGAAUUUGGAAUUAUUUGUGUUGUGAUCCUGUUGUUAUCAACACCCUCUAGUGACUGGUUGCACAAUAAA